CAAAAAUGUCCUCCUCGCAGUUCACCUCCUCUGUCUACCUGCUAACAUUUGCUCUCCUUCUCCAAACCAUUUUUGGAGCCAGCCCUCUCUUCCAUUUCUGUUCAAGCUCUGAAAACUUCACCACCAAUGACCCUUACGAAUCAAACCUAAAAAAGCUCUUGGGUAAUCUUAACUACCAAACCCCACCCCAGGGCUUUGGUUUUGGUACAGCGGGUCAGCAUCCAUACCAAACUUAUGGGCUUGCUCUUUGUCGCGGUGAUGUUGGAGCAUCAGACUGCAAGACUUGUGUUAAUGAGGCGAGCAACGAAAUUCACAAACGCUGCCCAUAUAACAAAGGUGCAAUUAUCUGGUACGAUAAUUGUCUUUUGAAGUACCUGAACAAGGACUUCUUUGGCCAAAUCGAUAAUCAAAACAAGUUCUACAUGUGGAACUUGAGAAAUGUUAGCAAUCCCACCACAUUUAACGAACAGACGAGGGGGCUGUUGAGCCUACUAGCAAAAGAAGCAUCCGCGACUCCAAAACUGUAUGCAGUUGGAGAGCAAGAGAUUGGAGAAUCGAAAAAGCUCUAUGGCUUGGCCCAAUGCACUAGGGAUCUCUCUAGUAGUGACUGUUUCAAGUGUCUUGAUGGUAUUAUUGAUGAACUUCCUCGCUGUUGUGGUGGGAAAGAAGGAGGAAGAGUUGUCAGUGGGAGUUGCAACUUCAGAUACGAGAUUUACCCCUUCGUCAACACAUAGAUCAAGAUAUAUAUAAAUCAUAAGGGUUAUUAUAUAUAUAUAUAUAUAUAUAUAUAUAUAUAUAUAUAUCUAGGGUUUCUGAAUCUUCUACAGGUUCUUAAGCAAAAUAAAGUGUGCGUGUAUGAAUAAGUUUA